UUUGUUUUCAUUAAAAUGAUUGAUUUAAUACUAACUUCAAAGCAUGAUUCGCUAAAUUAUGUGUUUUACUGAAGUUGCAAAAUGUGACGUAGGGGUUGACGUUUGCAACAAUCUUAUCAUUUUAUAUUAUUGUAUUUUAUAUGUUACAUAUCUUUUGAGAGAUUUAUUAAUCGGAAACGUAAAUCUCUAUUUUGUUGAUUAAAGAACGAAAAAAAAUAAGAAAAUUAUCAUUAUUAUGUAAAAUAAUAUCAAGUACAAAAUGGAAGUAAUCGAGAUUAAUACGAAAAAGCAACUUCGAACACCAAGAUGCGAGAAAUCAGAAUGUCCAUGUGAUAUAAAAGUAACAAAUUUGUUAAUUUUUCUAUUAUUGAAAUGAUAAAAUCGAUUAUUAUAUAAUUUUAUGAUUAAUAUUAUGCAUAUUUAGUGCAAAAGAAGAUAUGUUCAACCAUCACGAACAAAGUCAUUCGCCCCCGUAAGAACAUAUCAUCCACCUUCAAAGUUAUUUGAAACUAAUACAACCUAUCAUUUGUCAUAUUUAAAUGUGGAUGAUGCGGAAAUGCGACGCAGCCGAUCUCAACCCAUCCGACCCAAACCUGCUCUCGUUAAAUCGGAUGCUCGUUUUCUCGCUGAAACGACUAAUCAAUUGAGUUACAAACUUAUUGAAGCUGUGCCUAAAACAAAACCAAUUUUACCCAAACAUAGACCGAUGAUUGGAACUGGUCCAAUGGAUUCUGUUACAACGGUUCGUCAAGAUUACCCACGUAAAUAUGUAGAGAAACAAGAACUUAUAGUACCAUGCGGGAAUAUUCGUUUGAGUAGAGGCAAAUUGGAGGAUAGUACUACGGCAAAACUUUCUUAUAUGAAUCCAGGAUCCACUGAACCAACGGUUAACUUUAAACCGAUAUCGGUUUAUUGUCCACCUAGUGAACCAAUUUUUGACGACACCACGCAUAAAUUAAGUUAUCAGCCUGUUCCUAUUCAGGAAAAAGAUAUAUAUUCUUGGCAACAAAAACCAAUUUACAAACCUCCAGAUAUUGCAAUGUGUGCAAAAACAACAUAUUCUGAAAGUUAUUUGAAAAACGAAGAGCCAUGCAUAGAAAAACCUAUAGUGCCCUGUCCUGCCAAUGUAUUUCCUUAUGGCGGUGAAUUUCAUGAUAAAACUAUUUAUAAAGAAAGCUAUUUGGAAUCGACCAUUGAUCGCGUGGAACCGAUUAUUCCUUGCAAUGCUAUCACGAAAGCUGAUGGCAAGAUAUCAGCAGACACAACGAGCAAAUUAAGUUAUCAACCACUUCAAGCCGAGAAACGUUCCCCGAUAUUACCUCGAAGUAGAAAGAUGUUAGGCGAGGGCCCGAUGCGAUCUGACACUACCAGCCGUUGUGAUUUCGUGGAAAAAUCAACGCUACGACCUGAUCUUAUUGUUCCGUGCGACAAUCUUCGAAGCGCUGAUACACCGAUCGAUGAUAGAACUACGACGAAACUAUCGUACGCGAAACCAGGCCCGGUAGAAUUAGUUCAGAGUUUUAAACCUGUCAUUCAAUACAAAAGGUUCGCUGAAAAGGUUGAAUAUGAUACUGUAAACAAACUAUCCUAUCAACCUUGGACUCCUCUUCCUAAAGAAUUCAUACCUUGGGCAUCUAAGGAUAAAUAUCAACGGCCUACGGAUCCAAUGUGUACUGAUACUAUUUAUCAAGUUAGUUAUCCUGCACCUGGACACUACGAAGAUACAUGUAUACCUGAAUGCGAUUGCUUAUAUAAAGAUAAUGAUAAUCUUUCGGGCGAGGAUUGUUCGAAAUAAGUAAAAUAUUAGCAAUCUUCCAGAUCAUGAAACUUUUGUAUAACUUUUUUGUUACAAGCUUAUGUUACUUAUUUCUAUCUUAUAAUAUUUAUAAUAAAUAUUUAGAGAAAAAGUAUUUAAUUGUCGAAAUUUAAACCGAAACACAAUUUAGGAAUCGAAUUAAAAACCUAUUUUAUUCUAUACGAACACAUCUUAUAUAUUUUACAUUUAUAUAAUAAUUAUUGUGUAGAUGAAUAAAGAUAAUAAUAACGUAUAUCUUUUACAAACAGUAAGAUUGUUCUCGAUAAUAAAAUAAACUCUAAUUUUUAGAUAAAAGAUAAUAGACAAUAGAUUUGAAUAAUGAACAAUGUUAACGUUACAAUCAGAAGUUUACUUGCUUUACAUACAUUCAUACAUACGCAUGUACGUACGCACACGCAUGUACAUGGUCAGAUACAUGCGUGCAUUCAUACAUACAUAAAUUCGUACAUACAUGAAUCCAUACGCGGUUACACGCACACCACACAUACACACACACACAUAUAUAUAUAUAUAUUAUAUAAUAUUUAUAUUAUAUAUAGUAAAUAUAAUGAUAACGAUGUCUUCAAAUCUACCCAAAAUGAAAUCUAAUGUACGUCGAUGGUUUACAUACGCGCAACAAUUAAUUUUUAAUAGAUUACACAAAAUUACAGGGGAGGGUAUACAAUUAUUAGAAAAUGAAUAACUAUAUAUUUUUAAUUAGCGAUAAGAAUUUCUUAUGUUUAGAAAUCUAACAUGUUUACCGAAAAUUUUAUUUCGAUAAUUGGAAAAUACAUAUUUUUUUUUUUCGUCGCAUUAAAAAUAUUACGCAUCAAAUAGAUUUCGUUUUUUCAAAUAUCUUUAAACAAGUAACGUUUAAAUAUAUAAAACGUUUAGACGGUAGAAAAUACAUCAUUUCUUUAUCAUUUCAAAUCGAACGAUGAAUCAAACGAAGAAAAAAAUAUUCUUACCAAAAUACAUGCAACUUGUCUUAAGAGUUUGUUAAAAAAUAUAACAAGCAGAAAUUCGAAGAUUUUAAGGCACAUAUUUAGGUCACACGAAUUGCAUGUUAUAUAUAUUCUAUAUUAACGUUGCACAAGCCCCGUUUCUCAUUUCGAUAUUCUAGAUUAUUGAUAAAUUAAAAUUCUAAUUUUCUGUAAAUUCUCUAUUUACAUAAGUGGACGUGAAAAUGAUUGUCUGUAUUUAUAUAUUCUAUGCGAUUAUUAUAACAAUUCUACUCUCUGUUGAUAUCAAGAUCUCAUCGUUAUCCAUUCAUCAUUUUCUCCUUCAUAUCUUUUUUUUUUUAAUAAAUAACCAAAAAUUUUGCUAGGCCAUUAUAUAAUUACAGAUAAUUAUUAGAGACAAAAAGGAGAGCACAAUAUUUAUUUAAUGUUUUUACGUUUCUAAAAGAAAUAUCAUUAUCUUAUAAAAAAAUAUAAUUUUUAAAAUUGCAGACUAUGCAACAAUCAAAGUUAAUAUACUAUAUUUUUUUGUAUAUUAUAUUUGCACUACUACUAUAAUAGAAUAUUAUAAUGAUAUUUUUUUUCAAAUAAAAUCUAAAUAAUAAAACAAAAUCAAUUUUUUCAAUCAUAUGUAUCAAAUAUUCGAUUCAUUCAAUUUCAUUUAACUGAAUACUUAAACAUUAAAUGACAUUAUUAUUAUGUAAUAAAUAUUUUAUUCAAACUAAAAAUAUUCAAUUUAUAAACCGACACAUGAAUUACUCAUAGUACAUAUAAAUGCUAUCGAUUGCUAUCAUUUGUUUGUAAAAUUAAAUGACUAAAUAGUUUUUAUAAAAGUUAUUUUCAUUUACAUUAUAUACACAGAAUGGAACAAAUAAUUGAAAUUAUUUCAAUUAUUCUAUAAAUAAUGAUUUUAAUUUAAAAAAUUAACUUUUUCAUAUAUUUCCUUCAUAGAUAAGGAAAUUUAAUUAUAAAAAAUUAAUUAAUAUAUAUAUAUAUAUAUAUAACAUAAAUUAAUAUUAUAAUAUUAAAAUAAUAUUCCCUUAGAAAACACUCAAUUCUUAUCUGAAGUAAUUUUCAUUAAGAUCAUUAUUUGUAGAAUAAUCGUAAUUUCCAAUUACGUGUUUCACUCUGUACAUAUAUUUAUAUUGCACUCAUAAUGAAAGAAGAUAUGUCAGAUUUUUUUUUUUAGAAGCGAAUAUAAUUAAUAGAUAUAGAAGAUAAUAUAUUCAAGACAACAAAAACAUUUUUACAUCCCUCCCCUAUAAAAAAGAACAAUAAUAAUAAUAACGAAUUACAAUGUUGAAUGAUUGAAAAUGUAUGAUUGAAAAAGUGAUUUAAAAUGAAAAACGAAGACAAUUAAUAAAAAUUUAGACACAAAAAAUGAUCGCGCCUAAACAUACCUAUUGUGGUUUAGUGUUGUAUGUUUGUAUGAAUUCGUUGAAGCUAAAAUGAUCCAAGUUGAGAUUUUCGUCGAUCGAAGGAAGCUCAGCAUGGCCCAUCAAUUCCACAUAGUCCAUGUCCGAAUUUGUUCGCCCAACACUUGACUGGCCAAGGCCCGGAGCGUAGCUACCACAAAUUAAAACACAACUCCAAUCACUGGCAUAGUAAUGAAUAAAAAACUCGUAAAUCCAAAUAUAUUAUACAUGGCACGAAACCAAUUCAAGUUUUGUUCUUUCCUGUCCUCCUUUUUCCUCUUCUCUUAAUUCUAAUAUUUUAAAAUAUUUAAUUUGUUGCUUGAAUCUUUCAAAACGAGUCUAUUCAUCUGUUUCAAACGAAACGUGUGACCGAUUAGCCGGAUAGCCGGUACAACACGGCAAAGGAAAUACGAACAACCACAAAAAAUCCCCAACUAAUUGAAAUUGAUCGGUCACUUAAGAGUCAUUUACGAUACCUCUUUAUUAUAAAAAAAAGUACAAUCUAUUUAGACGAAUUUUUAUAAAAAUUCUAGCCUUGGUCUCGUAAUAAUUUCGUAAUAAUGAUUAAAUAUACUCGAUUGCCAGUACUAAAAUUAUAAUUAUCAUGGAUUGUGAUUGGAGUUGUGUUUAUUUAUUCAGCAGUUCAGCAUUUAAACAUUUGAUUUUCCGUUGUUGUGGUUGUACCGGCUUGCUCCAGGCCUAUGCCUUUGACUUUUUAAAAAUUUUCUUACUAUAUAUUCUUUUUACAUAUGUGUAAUACUUUUAUUUUCUUCCGUAUAAAUUUAGUAUAUGUAAGUAACACACUCACACAUAUAUAUACACACACAUCAUGUGCAAUGUAUACAUGUAUAUAUUCAUUAUGUGUUUGUAUGUAUUCAUAUAUAUAUGCACGCGUAUGCCUGUGUAAGAAUACAUAUUUGCACCAAUUUUUGAUUUUUAUUUUUAUAAUGCCAUGGAUAAGCCGUUUCUCUUUAGGCAGAGAGACAGAGACAGAGACAGAGACAGAGACAGACAGACAGACAGACAGACAGACAGACAGACAGACAGACAGACAGACAGACAGACAGACAGACAGAGAGAGAGAGAGAGAGAGAGAGAGAGAGAGAGAGAGAGAGAGAGAGAGAGAGAGAGAGAGAGAGAGAGAGAGAGAGAGAGAGAGAGAGAGAGAGAGAGAGAGAGAGAGAGAGAGAGAGA